AUGGAUUCGUCGAAGGCUACCAAAGGUCCUCCAAUAUAUGGCGUCUUGCAUUUGAUGAUGCUUGAUGACUCUUCGCGUGGAAUGAUUCCACCUGAGAUGGUGGAUACAAUAUGGUGUUGUUCAGAGUUUUCAGAUCUUGCCAUUGGAAUUUGUUGCAUCGAGAUGAAAUGGGUAGAGAUGGCCAUAACUGGCAUUGACCUAAAUUGGUAUGAUGCUCAUGCAACCUUCUACGGUGAUCCUUCUGGAGCUGGAACCAUGCAGGGGGCUUGUGGUUAUGGUGAUCUGUACAAACAAGGAUAUGGACUUGCAAACACAGCACUAAGCACAGCUCUAUUCAAUAAUGGAGCUACUUGUGGUGCUUGUUUUCAGUUAUUUUGUGUCAACGAUCCCCAAUGGUGCAUAAAGGGCGCAAAGCCAAUCACAGUAACCGCAACAAAUUUUUGUCCUCCAAAUUCCGCCCAGCCCGGUGCUUGUAACCCACCACUAAAACACUUUGACUUAAGUUAUAAAAUGUUCACUUCUAUUGCCUACAAAAAAGGCGGUAUCAUACCCGUUAAAUAUCGACGUGUUUCAUGUGUGAAACAAGGGGGUGUUAGGUUUGAGAUCAACGGAAACCCUAAUUUCUUGUUUGUUUUGGUGUUCAAUGUUGCCAAUGCUGGUGAUGUUUCUCGUGUUAGUGUCAAAGGGUCUAAGACUGGAUGGAUUCCCAUGAAGCGCAAUUUUGGACAAAAGUGGAAUACUGGAGUGAAUUUGGUAGGACAAGCUUUGUCAUUUCAAGUUACUACAAGUGAUGGAAAAACUUUGGAGUUUUAUUCAGUUUCUCCUUACAACUGGCAAUUUGGACAGACUUAUCAGAGCCAGGGUAAUUUUUAGAUAAAAUUUAACUCAUAAAUAUAUCAAGUCACAAAAUUAUUAGGAGAAUUGAGUUAAGAGAUAAUAAUUAUUGUGAGUAUCAUGUUAUUUCAA